AUGGAUAAUCCCGAUGUCCCAAACACCCAAAAGGCCUUCGUGCCCCUCGAAAAUAACCCAGAAGUAAUGUCCCACCUAGUCCACCAACUAGGUCUCCCUCCAACCCUGGGCUUCACCGACGUAUUUUCAAUCGACGAGCCAGACCUCCUAGCCUUCGUCCCACGCACCUCCCACGCCCUCCUCCUCGUCUUCCCGGUCUCUAAAACCUACGAAGAAUCCCGCAAAAAAGAAGAUAGCGCCCUGGAAGAAUAUACAGGCCACGGCCCUUCCGAGCCCGUAACAUGGUUCAAACAAACAAUCCGCAACGCAUGCGGCUUAAUUGGACUCCUGCAUGCUGUCUCAAACGGCGAGCCCCGGUCCCACAUUACCCCCGGCUCGGAUCUCGAUAUGCUUCUUACUCAGGCGCAGGAUCUGGAGCCUGCUCGUCGGGCAGAUCUGCUGUAUGAGAGUAAGGCGCUUGAGAGUGCUCAUGCGGAUGCGGCGAAGUUGGGGGAUACGGCUGCGCCGCAGGCCGAGGAUGACGUUGAUUUGCAUUUUGUGGCGUUUGUCAAGGUUGGUGAUACGCUUUGGGAGCUUGAUGGGAGGAGAAAGGGACCUUUGGCCAGGGGAAAACUUGGACCUGACGAGGAUGCGCUGAGUGAGACUGCGUUGGGAUUGGGUGUCAGGAGGUUUUUGAAGAUGGAGGCUGAGGGCGGGAAUCCGGAUUUGAGGUUCAGCCUUGUUAGUCUUGGGCCUGUGUUUGAUUAG